UUCGUCGAACACUGCACUGCACCCCGUGAAGACUCUGGGAGGUGGAUAGUGUGCUCUUUUGAGUUUUGGGUCUAUCCUUCUUUCUUCUUUGCUUUUCGAUUUCUUUUCCGAGACUAGUCCUUUUGAGCCCCGAGGAUUUGUUGUCGGCGAUGGCGAUAAUCGAUUUUAUUUUGCAUCCGGAGAUGGCCCUGAAAGCAUUGGUGUUGUUCCUUCUGUCGUGGAUUGCGACAGCUGCGUAUCAGCCGGACCAAUCGACGAAAUCCACGAAAGGCUUUGGGUCCUCCGUGGUUUUCCCUGUCUCCGGCAAUGUUUAUCCCAAAGGGUACUAUUAUGCGACGAUCAAUAUCGGCAGGCCUCCUAAACCUUACUUUCUUGACAUAGAUACAGGCAGUGACCUUACUUGGCUUCAGUGCGAUGCACCCUGUACAAAAUGCACACCGGCACCUCAUAGUCUGUACAAACCCAAUAGAAACCUCAUCAUGUGUCAAGAUCCGAUUUGCACAUCCCUUCACGCAGACAGCCAGCAUUGUCAAUCACCUAACGAUCAAUGUGAUUAUGAGGUUGGCUAUGCUGACAGCGGUUCGUCUUUGGGAGUGUUGGUCAAGGACUCUUUUCCUCUUAAAUUUACCAAUGGUAGCAACGCAGCCCCUCAAUUGGCAUUUGGAUGUGGAUACAACCAAGAAGUUGUGGACUCAGCUCAUCUACCGUACACUGAUGGAGUUCUUGGCCUUGGAAAUGGUAAAUCGAGCAUUUUAUCUCAGCUUCGCAGCUUGGGUUUGACCCGAAACGUCAUUGGUCACUGUUUAAGUGGACAAGGAGGGUUUCUGUUUUUUGGAGAUGAUUUUCUCCCAAAAUCAGGCAUAGUUUGGUUACCCGUAUCAACCCAAUCAAAAUACUACACUUUGGGGACGGCAGAUCUCCAAUUUGGUGGCCAAACUACAAACGCCAAAGGCCUCUCGAUUAUAUUCGACAGUGGAAGUACUUACACUUACUUUAGCUCUCAAGCAUAUAAGACGGUUGUUUCCCUGGUAAAAGGGAACUUAAAUAAUCAACUCAAAGAUGCAGCGGAGGAUAAAAGCCUUCCCGUCUGUUGGAAAGGCGCCAAACCCUUCAAAUCUGUCCAAGAUGCUGCAAAGUACUUCAAACCUUUGGCGCUGACCUUCACGAAAGCGAAAACUGCUCAGUUUCCUCUUCGCCCGGAGUCUUAUCUCAUUGUCACGGAACACGGGAAUGUGUGCUUAGGCAUCUUGAAUGGCGACGAGGUCGGAUUAGGAAACAUGAAUGUGAUUGGAGACAUUUCUCUCCUCGACAAAGUGGUGAUUUACGACAACGAGAGGCAGCAGAUCGGAUGGGCUGCGGCGAACUGCAACAGGCUUCUCAACACCGAUGGCGGUAGCGGAAACGGUUAUUUUCUGCCUGGCGUCGGUGGUGUAUUCGAUCAACUUUGCCCUGCAAAAUUUGAUUUCUGGAGAACACAGAGCAACUACUAAAAGGCCCUCAUCUGAUCUUGUAGGAUAGCAUUUGUAGCUGAUGAUAUAUAUAUAUAUAUCUAUCUAUAUCUAUAUUUAUAUAUAAAUCUGUGCUGUAAAUCUUGGUUGUUCAUAUUUCGCUGAACUUGUGUGCAAAGUCAUAAAUCUAUAAUAAUAUUCUCUGUAGUGUAGACUGUAGAGUUUUAGUUUGUCCA